UAACAGUAUAUUCGUGGUGUAUUCAGGCCUUAAAGCAAAAACAAAAGAACUGGUUACACUGAAAUUUUUGGCAAUAAAUAAAGUGUAAGUAAGUUAAGGAAAACAAAGCGCCCUCAGGCAAUAACUUCCCCCAAGCCAGUAAGUUAGCUUCCAACUAGAACAAUGGUGUGCGUGCCCUGUUUCAUCAUUCCACUGCUGCUGUACAUUUGGCACAAGUUCGUCCAGCCGAUCCUUCUGCGCUACUGGAAUCCCUGGGCGAAGAAGGACGCCGAGGGCAAUGUGAUCAACAAGGCGCCCGACUUCCCCUUCGAGUGCAAGGGCGGCGUUUGCCCCUUCGUGCCGGGGGCCAAGAAAACCCCGACAAGCGCCAGUGAUGCGGAUGCCACGGUGACGGAGGCGGCGGCGGUGGCGGCGGAAGCCAAGAAGGAUAUCUAGUCGAAAUGUUCCAAAUACCAUAACUAUAACUUUUUUUUGACCUUGUUCAUAAGCCUAGAAAAAUGACGCACACUACACACAAAGAAAAACAACACCAAUCCAACGUGCGAUGUGUGGUGGGCGGCGGUCGGUUGGGGGGCGUGGCCGCUGGGGCGCACCAAGAAUGCCCAUCGAGUAAUUAACUUUAAUUAAAUGUACACCUUGACCACGCGAAA